AUGGACGGCGGCGGCGGCGGGGCGCCGCCCGCCCUGGAGAAGAACGCGGCGGAGCUGACGGUCAUGGACGUCUACGACAUCGCCUCGGCCGUGGGGCAGGAGUUUGAGCGGGUGAUCGAUCAGCACGGCUGCGAGGCCAUCGCCCGCCUCAUGCCCAAGGUGGUGCGGGUGCUGGAGAUCCUGGAGGUGCUGGUGAGCCGCAACCACAUCAACCCCGAGAUGGAGGAGCUGCGCCUGGAGCUUGACCGCCUGCGCCUGGAGAGGAUGGACCGCAUCGAGAAGGAGCGGAAGCACCAGAAGGAAUUAGAACUGGUGGAGGAUGUCUGGAGAGGGGAAGCACAGGACCUUCUUACCCAAAUUGCACAGCUGCAGGAGGAGAAUAAACAACUGAUGACAAACUUGUCUCACAAAGACAUUAAUUUCACAGAAGAGGAAUUUCAGAAGCAUGAAGGAAUGUCAGAGAGAGAGCGGCAAGUCAUGAAGAAGCUGAAGGAAGUGGUAGAUAAACAGAGGGAUGAAAUCAGAGCAAAGGACCGGGAACUCGGGCUUAAAAAUGAGGAUGUAGAGGCUCUUCAGCAGCAACAGAACAGGUUAAUGAAAAUUAACCACGACCUGCGGCACCGGAUCACUGUUGUUGAGGCUCAGGGGAAGGCGCUGAUUGAGCAGAAGGUGGAGUUAGAAGCAUACCUGCAAACCAAGGAGCAGGAGAUGGGCAACCUGCGAGCAGAGCUGGGGAAACUGAGAGAAAAACUGCAGGGUGAGGACAGCCAAAAUGGGGAGGAAGUAAAGACAGAACCAAACAAUGAUGACUGCCUCUCAGAGUCAGAAAAGAUGGCAAUGGACUUAAAAGAUCCGAAUCGUCCAAGAUUCACCUUGCAGGAGCUCCGGGAUGUCCUUCAUGAGAGGAAUGAAUUGAAAUCUAAAGUGUUUUUACUUCAAGAGGAGCUUUUAUACUACAAAAGUGAGGAAACAGAAGAAGAAACUAGAUCCCCUCAACCUACACCCAUAAUUCAGUCAAAACCCUCAACUCAGCCUGAAUCUGGAAUCAAACGACUGUUUAGUUUCUUCUCUCGUGAUAAGAAACGUAUGCAGGCAUCACAGAAAAAUGUCCACUUCCAGGAUACUUUUGGAGAAUGGUCAAAUUCAAAUAAAGAUGACUCCUACACUGAACAAGGACAAGAAGCCCUACAGCACCUGUGACUAAAACCUUGAGGUGUUCAGUUUACCACAGUAGAUCUCGACAGUCUAGUAACAAGAAGCUUCUGUAAACAAAUCCGGCAGCUCAUCACUUUUAUUUGCCUUGCACACCUCAGUGGUUGUGUUUCAGAUGUACUCUUCAAAAGGGAUCCCUUGCCGUUUACUUGGUGACUGUUUGCUGAAAACAGAAUCCAAGCUUUGUAGUAGCAGUCGCUGAUACCCUGGGACAUCGAAGCUUCUAGAUGACUUGUUUUGUGCUGAAUAACAAGUCUAUGGUCUUGUUCAUGCAUUAACUACAGUAACACAAGCUUCUUUAAACCAAAAAAAGGACCUGUGCCAUUAUUAGAAGUUUGUUUGCAGUGUACAAUAUCUAGUGGCAAAGACUCUUUUACCCUGUUUGUUAACACUACCGGUUGUUUGCUUUUUAUUUCUGUGAGAAUUUUUUCAGGAGGGAUACAACAGCUGGCCACUCUCCGUGGCAGGUCAUAGCACUGCUGUGUCCUGUCAAGUUCAGCUGGCACCUGCAUUUUGCAGAGUAACCACUUCGAAAUCCACCUGAUACAGAUUGAUAAACUGGAGUAGCCUUGAGAGGGAUAGGGAGCGUACAUUUCCCUUGCUGCUUAUAGUGCCUACAGCAUGAAGAAACCAAUGUAUGAGGUGAGCGUGCCUUGCAUUUUGCCAUGAGUUCUGCAGUAUUAAUGGAAAACAAAUUGCUUACAAGAAGGAAUUCUAACACUUGAAUUUUUUCCUUCUUACCAGGGACUUCCCCCUAGAAUAGCAGACAGCUGCUGUAAAGGCAUUAGGUCUCUUUCCCACAGACAGGUUUUUCAUUAAGUCACACUCCACUUUUCUGUCUAGAUAGGACUGCCCAACUUGAGAGUGAAAGACAUCCUCGACUAGCUGACAUGAACUAUUUUAACUGACUUAGAGAUGACCCCAACUCAAAACGUUUUUCUCUGACCAGUCUAAACACUACUUGGGCAGAGCAGAUGAAUUCUGUAUGUGCAGGCUGCUCCGCUGGUGUUGGUGGAUGUUUAGGUAGCCUGCAGCUACAGGGGCUUAACUUGCCAGCAAAAGCCCAGCACAGCUGAACUGCCAGGAGGUGGGAUUUAGAUCUGCUUUGCAAUUGAGCUCAAGAGACCCUUGGGUCUGACUGAGGUUGUACUUACAAAACCCAUGACACUAAAGCCCCGUGCAGCGUAACUUGUGUACAGUCUGGUGUCAGCACUCACCCUGCUUCUGCACCACACGCUCCACAAAGGCACCUAACCAGGCGGGAGAGGGCGAGCGCGCCCGCGGCUCCUCGCGAGGGAGGUGCUGAGGUCUUUCUGUGAACUCGGCUGUAUGCUAGGAGAGGCCGCGCUGGAGCACCGUGCCGCUGCUGAGGAGUUUCUAGUUAUGACAAGGCCGUAGGCAACUUCUGCGCGUGUAGCUUAGCGCAGGGGGUUGUGAGCUGCUGUUGGCACCUUACCCCCAGCAACUGCAUCUGCUCGGUAUAGAGCCUCUUCUCGGGAGUAGCACUAAGAGGAGAAAACAAUUGUCAGGCUGGAGUAAAGCUGCAACUACUCCAGGUGCUGAAUGUAGGAGGAAGUCUUGAAGAACUCCUGAAUGACAGUGAGAGGGUUUAGUGCAGGCCAGUUGUUUUUAAUGCAGGGUGAUCCAAGACUGGAUUCUUUAAUGUAUAUGCACAGCAAAUUGUUCUUAGCCCAUCUAUAAUGAAACUGCCAGGAAACUAUUCUUGUAGUGGUGGGCUGAAUGCUGCUCUGCGCCUGACUGUAACUGUGUUGUUUUGAACAUGGCCCUUCGCGUGCUCUAGGUAGAGAAAGUGUUUACUGUGCCUCCCUGGUGUCGUUGCAGUUCAGGGCAGGGAGGAAAUGUGGCCUUAUAUGAAAGAUAUCUGCAUCUGAAAUAGUGACGGUAGCGUCUGAUGCUAGUAUUAGGCAGAUAUGCUUUUGCCUGGUUACGUUUUGGUAACAUAUCUUAAGUUUUAUGCUUACAGAAAGCUGUAUCCAUAGAACAGCAGUGCUUCCCCCUUGUGUGAAAAGCAAUUCUUAACUGGCGGGGAGUGUCUUAAUUUAAUGAUACUUAAGUUGCUGAGAUCUCGAUUUCACUUCCAUGUUAGGAAAAAAAGAAGUACACUACAGUUAUAUCAGGCAGUUAAAGUAAAUUGUGAAUGACGCCCGUCAAGUCUCUCCCUAGCAUAGUUUACCGUCAUUUGGCACAUUUAGAAGAGAUGCAGUGAUCAGAAACAAUGCAAGAAUGCAGCAGAUGCACAGCCUGAAUAAGCACAUCACUUCUGAAAUCAGCUGAGAGCAAUGAACUGGGAUAAUAGAAAUACCCAGACUGAACUGUUUUUCCCCAGCACCUAGGCUGGUGUAUGACAAAGGACACCUCCUGGCCUAGUACGCGUAAAGCUCGUCCCGUACACCAGAGCCCAGUGCGCUAUUGUCGGGUCAAAUCUGCAGCCAAUUUCAAACAAUGGCACUAAGCAGUACAGCCUUCCCCCACUCAGCUCUGUAGCCCAUUACCUCAAAAAUCUAAUUAGUUACUCCUGACCUGCUAGCAUUAACCACUUCGCUCCUCGUUCUCACGUUUGAAAUGCUGAGUUUAUACACUCCAAGUGCCAUCGGAAAGGAUGGCGUGUAGGGAAGAGUAUGUAAAGAUUUGAAGAUCUGUCGUGUAUUGUUUCUCAAUAUUCAAGUAAAAUCUGCUUUUAGAAAAGGGGCCAGGAUGUUGUCAGGUAAGGGGUGUAACAAUCCUGUCUGCAAAGCGCAGGAUCACUGAAGUUUUCUGGGUUGUGGGUUGUUUUUUUUUUUUUUUUGGUUGGGCAGUAAAUCAUUUUAACAGUUUAAUAAAUAUUUCUGAAGAACAAGUA